GUAGGCACAUCUCAAUUCCGACAAGAACUGAAGCGCGCGAAGUCAGGGCACAAGGAAAUAAAUUCGAGCGCCGAGAUGCCUCAACCAUCGAACGGAAGCGCGAGCGAGACCACUGGGUUGCUGUCAGGACAGAAUGGAGACGCCCUUGGCAGCCGAACCAUACUGGACUACUUCCGCACGGUAUUCAGCAAGCACCAGACGGCAGGAAUGGAAAGUGAUAACAAGUUCGUAAGGAUUCCAGCACAAGUGCUGCAUGUUACUAAAGUCACAUUGUACAGCAACUAUGUCAAUAUCCUCCUGGUAUUCGUACCGCUGGGUAUAGUUGCUGGUGCCAUGGGCUGGGAUCCCACCACUGUUUUCAUUCUCAAUUUCUUUGCCAUCGUUCCCCUCGCCGCUGUUUUAUCGUUUGCCACGGAAGAAAUCUCGGUGAAGCUUGGUCAGACCAUGGGGGGUCUAUUAAACGCUACAUUUGGCAAUGCUGUGGAAUUGAUCGUCAGUAUCGUGGCGCUCAGGAACGGCGAAAUCAGAAUCGUGCAAUCUAGUAUGUUGGGAAGUAUCCUUUCCAAUAUCCUUCUAGUGCUUGGAUGCUGCUUCUUAGCAGGUGGUAUCCAUAAUACUAGAACAGGAACCGCACGCGGCAUUGAACAGGAUUUCAACUCGACAGUCGCGUCGACCAUGUCUUCUUUAAUGGCCGUUGCAUCGGCUUCUUUGAUCAUCCCAGCUACCCUGUAUGCCGCCCUCGCAGGUUCCAAGGAAGAUACCGGGCGCAAUAUCUUGGUCCUUUCACAUGGCACUGCCAUAAUCCUUCUCAUCCUAUAUGUUCUCUAUCUUGUCUUCCAGCUCCGUACCCACGCCAAUCUUUUCGACGCUGAGCAGGCCGCCGAAGAUGAAGAUGCGGAAGAACCACAGAUGGGGCCUUGGGCUGCUGCUUUCGUUCUUGUGGUUGUCACAAUCGCCGUUGCCAUCUGCGCCGAGUACCUCGUCGAUUCUAUCGAUUCUCUCGUCGAAACUGCCCAUAUCUCAAAGACAUUUAUCGGUCUUAUUCUCCUUCCCAUCGUUGGCAAUGCUGCAGAACAUGUGACGGCCGUGGUCGUGGCGGUGAAAGAUAAGAUGGACCUCGCUAUGGGUGUAGCAAUCGGAAGCUCGAUGCAAAUCGCCCUUCUGGUUACUCCGUUCCUGGUCAUCCUGGGCUGGAUCAUUGACCAACCCAUGACGCUACAUUUCGAGACUUUCGAGACCGUUGUCUUCUUCUUGAGUGUCUUGGUUGUCACAUAUGUUAUUCAGGAUGGCAAGAGCAAUUAUUUGGAAGGAGCUAUGUUGCUUGGUCUCUACAUCAUCAUCGCUCUCGCAUUCUUGGUCUAUCCAGAUGACGCUACGGAUCCUGCUAAGCCAGAACGGAUUGCUGGCAUGGUAGCCAGGUCUGUUAAAACCUUUGUUGGUCUCUAG